AUGGAGGACAGGAGGAAUAUCGUCGUCGUCGGAGGUGGUGUUAUUGGCUCCACCACAGCCUACUAUCUUACCCGCCAUCCCAAGUUCAACAGCGCACUUCAUACCAUCACACUUCUCGAAGCUGCCCCUACUGUGGCAGCCGGCGCAUCAGGCAAGGCUGGUGGUCUUCUGGCACUAUGGGCAUAUCCGGACUGCCUGGUUCCUCUCUCAUAUCGGUUGCAUGCCGAGCUUGCCGCUGAACAUGACGGCCCUCAAAAAUGGGGUUAUCGUCAACUUGGCUGUGGAAGCUUUGAAGCCGUAGUCUCAAGCGAUAAAGUCAAGUCGCUUCAAACUAACGGUAGCGCCAAUCACGGUCAGGAUGGGAAGGAAUGGGAGAAGCUUCCCAAGCAAAACGGUGCAGCAAAAGAACUUUUGAAAGCAGCCAACUUGCCAAAGGAUCUCGACUGGGUGGACCGUGAGAUUAUCGAGAGCUGGUCUGAGAUGGGUGCGCCAGGCAAGACGGAAACAUCACAAGUGCAUCCACUACACUUUACGACAUCCAUCGCCGGACUGGCCCAGCAAGGCGGUGCCCAAAUACACACCAACGCAAAAGUGAUAAAGAUUAAUUCCUCAAAGACUGGCGUCGAGAGCAUAGAGUACCUGGAUCGCAACACGGAUGAGAAAAAGACCAUCCAAAAUGUGACAGAUGUCGUCGUGGCGGCAGGCCCGUGGACAAACAGAGUGAUACCCCGAACCAGGAUCGAGAGUCUAAGAGCGCACAGCGUUGUCUACGACGUCAACCUCAGUCCCUACGCAGUCUUUACAGAUAUCCAGCUCCCAGCAGACUUUGUCCCUGAGCAUCGUGCCAAGAUGGGACAGAAGAGGAGGCACAGGGGCAAUGUUGAUCCUGAAAUCUACGCCAGACCAUUCAACGAGGCUUAUGCCUGUGGUGAGCCAGAUACCAAUGUGCCACUCCCCGACACAGCAGACCAGGUAGAAUGUGACGAAGCUCAAUGCGACGACAUAAUCUCCUACAUCAGCACAUUCAGUUCCGUCUUGGCCGCCGCGCCUGUCAAAGCCAAGCAAGCAUGUUACCUCCCACGACAUAUACGGUUUGGACAGGAGAGCGGCCCUCUGAUCGGCAGGACGAGCGUCCCUGGCCUAUUUGUUGCCGCAGGUCACACGUGCUGGGGCAUCCAAAACGGCCCUGGCACGGGCAAGCUCAUGUCUGAGUAUGUGUUUGAUGGAGUUGCCAAGAGUGCGGAUGUUGAGAAGUUGGAUCCUCGAAAGUUCAAAGUUUAA